GUGUGGGAACUGGCCAAAAUAUUGGUGUUGGGCUGCGUCGUGUUGUGUAGCUGCGAGGAGCUGGUGGACGGGCUGUAUUGUAUUGUAUGAAAUUGUAUUGGGCUGUAUUUUGAGGGUCCAGGUUCAAGUUCAAGAUUGGAGUCAUGGAUCCGGAGUUGGUCCAGCAGAUGUUUGAAGAGGGCGGGACACUGAUUCUCCUCGGCAUGCCAGCGACGACAGAAUUUGGUAUUGACUUAAACUCGUGGAAUGUUGGUGAUAGAUUUAAAGGGGUAAAGAUGAUCCCUCCAGGUCUCCACUUCAUUUAUUUUAGUGCAGUGAGUCGCCAAGGAGAUACAGCCCCGAGGACCGGAUUUUUCCAUGUUUUUAAGCAGAGAGAGAUUUUAGUGCGGCAUUAUGAUCCAAAAGCUGAAGACUUGAUAGAAGAAGAUGUGAACUCGGAAGAAGUGGAAAACAUUCGUUCCAACCUGCGAGAUUUGGACAGAUAUCUUGGUGCAUAUCCCAUAGAGUCCUGGGAAAAAUGGAUCUCUCUAACACAGUACAUUGCUUCAGAAGAGUUAGAAAGAAUGAUUCCAAAAUCAGGCAGGAUUUGCUCAGUAAUUGAGCUUGCAUCGGUAAAUACAUGGCAUAGAACAGUAAAAAGAUCUGAAAGUGGCAGCCUGAUCUCACAAGCAGCCAGUGAGUCAAGCUGUUCUGCUAAUCAAUUAGAUCCUGGUUUACAAACAGAUGACAUGGAACAGCAACCAGGUACAUCAGAGUUCAAAACACACAAUUCUGAUGGUAGUUCAUUGAUAAUACUGAGCUCUGAACCUGAGAUAGCUGAACCAAAGCCAGUAAUGCCUGAAAUGAUACCUAAAGAAGGCACAGAGUUUCGUUUUAGCAAAUUCCCAGCUCGACCAUAUCGUGAUGGAGCAACGCCUAGUGAAGUAACAAGAUAUAGCCUUGAUUCUUCAUAUAGCAUCAGGCAAAUGAUAGCCAAAGUUGAUAAACCUGAGAGCAUGUUAGCAGAGCUGCAGCUGGCUUUCAUAUGUUUCCUGGUGGGCCAAGUGUGGGAUGGCUGGGAGCACUGGAGACGCCUCUUGUCAGAUCUCUGUCGUGCAGAGGAACUUGUCAAACAGUACCCCGAGCUUUAUAACAAAUUUCUUUCCAUCUUACAUUUUCAGAUUUAUGAGGUACCAGAAGAUCUGUUUAUUGAUAUUGUUGAGAGCAACAACUUCUUGGCCUCUGCGUUGACAGCCUUGUUUGCCAACAUAAGCGACAAUGCUGCAGCUUUGCCGGUAUCGUUAGUGAAGAAGGCUUCCCGAUUCAAGGUGCAUAUAACUAACAAGUUUAAGUGGGAUCUCAGUGUAGAGGAUGAAGGGGAAGAUGCCCCAGUUAUUGUGGAAACUGAAGAUUUGUCAGCAAAUGAAACAGUUGAACCUUCGAGCACUGACGUGGCUGUACUUACAUCUUAGCAGCAAUAAUAAUUAAUUUAUAGGUAACUAAUAUAAGUGUUUUAAAUUUAUAUGUAGGAGUAUAAAUAAUAUUCUAAAAUGCCAUAUAAAUAAAAUAUCUUUAAUUAA